AUGGCGUGGAUCUGGAUGGUCCUCGCGGCGGGAGCCGUGCUCCUGUGGGCGAUCUCUCUGGGGCGGAUCCUCUCCAACUCCUCUCCGUCCUGUGUGCCCCUGAGCCCGCAGUUCAUGCCCCCUCUCCGCGGCGACAGGAGGAGCCGGAACGUGCUGCUCGUCGUCGCCCACCCCGACGACGAGUCCAUGUUCUUUGCUCCAACUAUUCUUUUCCUCAAGUCAAAAGGUCACAGUAUUCACAUUCUGUGCAUGUCUCCAGGUAAUGCUGAUGGUCUCGGAAAUACUCGUAAAGAAGAAUUGUACCAUGCCUGUGAAACCCUUAAGAUUCCACAUGAACAAGUUAAAGUUUUGGACCACCCGAAAUUGCAGGAUGGAUUUCAUGAGAAAUGGGACCAUGGACUAGUAGCAGAACUUACCAUGGAGCAUGUCCAACUAUGGGCCAUUGACACGAUCGUGACAUUUGAUUCAUACGGCGUAUCAGGCCAUCCAAACCACAAAGAUGUUCAUCACAGCAUAUGCAAGUUUCUCCAUGCGAACAGGCAGGGGAAUGUGGAAGCUUGGGAACUAGCAAGCCUGAAUAUUCUUCGCAAGUACAGUGGUCCGGUUGACAUUUGGCUUUCUUCGUUGAUCUCCUUCUCAAGGUCAAAACAGUCAAUCUAUACUCUAGUUAACAGUAGCCCGUCCAGAAGCUAUGAGGCAAUGGCUGCACACAGAAGUCAGUGGGUUUGCACCAUCCAAGAGGAACCGAAACCUCUUGCGAUUUGGGAGCUGGGAAGAAAGCGCGGGAAGACGGAGCAGAGCAUGAUGCUUCCGAGCGCCGAGCUGUCGGCGUCCAACGGCGGCGGCAGCACCUGUGGCCUGGUAGCCCUGCCGGACUUCUUGGGCAUGAAGAGCAAGUACGUGCGCAUGGACGACGUCCUCCCUCCGGAGCAUGAAGGCGAGGACGGCGGCGUCCGUGUCCGUGAGCGCCAGAGCAGCAGGAGACAUGUCUUCGCCUGCUCCGUCUUCGCCUCCCUCAACUCUGUUCUGCUCGGCUACGAUGUUGGUGUGAUAAGCGGUUGCAUUCUGUUCAUUCAGAGGGAUCUUCACAUCAACGAGGUGCAGCAGGAGGUCCUGGUGGGCUGCCUCAGCUUCAUCUCCCUCCUCGGCAGCCUCGCCGGCGGGAGGACGUCGGACGCCGUGGGCCGGAAGUGGACCAUCGGCCUCGCCGCCGUCGUCUUCCAGGCCAGCGCGGCCGUCAUGACGCUCGCCCCGUCCUUCCGGGUGCUCAUGGUGGGCCGCCUGCUGGCCGGCGUCGGCAUCGGGUUCGGCGUCAUGAUCGCGCCGGUGUACAUCGCCGAGAUAUCUCCUGCGGCGUCCAGGGGCUCCUUUACGUCAUUCCCGGAGAUCUUCAUCAACCUCGGCAUCCUCCUCGGGUACAUCUCCAACUAUGCCUUCUCGGGCCUCCCCGACCACAUCAACUGGCGCGUCAUGCUCGCCAUCGGCAUCCUGCCGUCCGUGUCCAUCGCCUUCGCGCUGCUCGUGAUCCCGGAGUCGCCGCGGUGGCUGGUCAUGCAGGGAAGGGCCGAUGAGGCGCGCGCCGUGCUCCUCAAGGUCACCGACACCGAGGACGAGGCUAAGGAGAGGCUCGCCGAGAUCGAGGCUGCUGCGGCGGCUACGACCGUCGCCGCCGGCAAGUACGGCGACAGGAACAGGACGGUGUGGCAGGAGCUGUCGAGGCCGUCCCCGGUGAUCGCCUGGAUGCUCGUCACCGGCGUAGGCAUCCAGUGCUUCCAGCAGAUCACGGGCAUCGACGCGCUGGUGUACUACAGCCCGACCAUAUUCCGGGACGCCGGGAUCACCACCGAGCGCCAGCUCCUCGCCGCCACGGUCGCCGUCGGGUUCUUCAAGACUGCGUUCAUCGCGCUGGCCAUCGUGCUGAUCGACCGCGUCGGCCGGAAGCCGCUGCUGUACGUCAGCACGGUUGGCAUGACCGCCUGCCUGGCGGCGCUGUCCGCCGCGCUCUUCCUGCAGGCGCGUGGGUCGGUGUCCCGCGCCGCCGGUGUCGGCGUCGCCAUCCUGACGGUGUGCGGCGACGUGGCCUUCUUCUCGGUGGGGAUAGGGCCCAUCUGCUGGGUGGUGAGCUCGGAGAUCUUCCCGCUGCGGCUGCGCUCGCAGGCCGCGGCGCUGGGGGCCGCGGCGAACAGGGUGACCAGCGGCGCGGUGGCCAUGUCGUUCCUCUCUGUCUGCCGCGCCAUCUCCGUCUCGGGCGCGUUCGCCGCCUUCGCGGCCAUUUCGGCCCUCUCGGUGGUCUUUGUGCAUAGGUUUGUGCCGGAGACCAGCGGCAGGACGCUGGAGCAGAUCGAGUCUCUGUUCGGCGGCGGGAGCUGGAGCUCGGCGAUGUGGAGCAGCUGGUGCACAAGUGACGAGUAG